AUGAGGAUCAUCAACAUUGGUCCGGACCCGUCUCUGGCAUAUCGGCCAAAUUUGGAGACAAGUAAGGCGAAAGACAAGGAAGACUACAGAAACUUUGAGAGCGGAAACCUAAUUGACCGUGUCUUCAACACGUACAGCCUGAUGCACACCUAUCAAACAGUGGAGUUUGUAAACCAAAAGCACACUGAAUGGAACGGUUGUAACCACACCCGGAUGGGGAUGAUGGAUGCCAUCAUGUCUCUAGACCAGCUUGUGGAUGAGUCUGAUCCCGAUGUGGACUUCCCCAACUCCUUCCACGCUUUCCAGACUGCUGAAGGCAUCCGCCAAGAACACCCAGACAAAGAAUGGUUCCAGCUGGUUGGUCUGAUCCAUGAUGUCGGAAAGAUCAUGGCUCUCUGGGAUGAACCGCAGUGGGCUGUAGUGGGCGACACUUUCCCCGUUGGCUGCAAAUUUCAAAACUCCAUUGUGUUCAGAAACAACACCUUCCUGAAAAAUCCAGAUGACAAUAAUCCCAAAUACAACACUGAGUUUGGGAUCUACGAACCAAACUGUGGCCUUGACAAUGUCCUCAUGUCCUGGGGCCACGAUGAGUAUCUCUAUAGAGUUAUGAAGUUCAACAAGUGCCUCAUCCCAGAGGAGGGCUUAUACAUGAUUCGCUUCCAUUCCUUCUACCCCUGGCACUCCCAUGGAGAUUACAUGCAUCUGUGCAACGAUAAAGACUUGAAGAUGCUGCCCUGGGUCAAAGAGUUCAACAAAUUUGACCUGUACACAAAAACCACUGAUCUGCCUGACGUCAACAACCUGAAGGUGUACUACCGGUCUCUGAUUGACAAGUACUGUCCUGGAGUACUGCAGUGGUAAAACGGACCAAAAGGAACGUUUAAAAAAGAAAAAUCAACGACAACACUGUUAGAAAUCGGUUAGUGGAAUG